AUGGGGAAGCUUAGAAUGCUGGAAAUGAUUGUGGCAGCACUAACUUUCAAAAAUUUGAUCAAGAACGUGAAAAGAGAUUCCUUUCUCUUAAUAACAGCCGUCAAACAUUCGUCUACUGGAAAUUACGUUUUAACGAAAACCGUCAAGAUUUGUGGAACAGAAAAAACCCUCUUCGCGACCACCGGUUCUUUCCAAUCGUCAGCCCGUCUUUUUCCACCUCAAUCAAUCAUCGGCAUCUCUUCAAUCCUCAACCCUCGGCGGCAUCUCCCAAAAUCACCUUUUCAUUUCGAUGAUGACUACGAUACCGGGGUCCGCCUGACAGAUGAGCAAAAGUCGGCUCAAAAACAGCGGUUAGCUCGGCAGGAUUCUCGAAUGAAAUUUCGGCUACAAUUGAGGCAAUCGGGUCCACUUGCAAAGGCUGUUGCUGUUCGGUCAAACUUGGUGGCGAUAGAAUCUGGGACGAGUCGGGUCAACAAGUCCUUUUUCAAAGCAAAAUUUGUGUCCUUCCAUGCGCUCGUGGCAUGCCUGAAACUGAAUAUUUGUAGUUCCGGACGACUGCCUGAUGACCUUAGUUGCGAAGACGUCCCAACUCGUAAUACUUACGAGACCAGAAUUCCUGCUGAUUCACUGGACGAGAGGUUGGGUGAUCCUUUCAGCAUUGGUCCUGGUCAAUUGUACGUUUAUAUUUGA